GGUGGGGGAGGAGGAGGAGGAGGAGGAGGUUAUCGCUCGUGACUAGAAAGGAGGAAAGAGGAUCGACGAUCGGAGCUUUUCCCACGAGAGAGAUCGAUAGGGAAACUAUUGAGGAGGAGCAAUGGCCUUGGAAUCAUCAAAGUGCAACAACGUUCGAUGUUACUUUGGCUGACUGAUUUAUUCUAUCAUCUACAUUUCGAGUAUAUCCAAGUUUUUCCGAAGAGAUUUUUUUCUUCCUGUAUAUUUACAAAAUUCAAGUAUAUUCCUAUUUGCAAGAACGUGACGGAAAGAGUCUUUUCCUAUUUCUUUAAACAUCACCGGCAGUCGGGAUAAGAGAGAAUGGAACAUGAAGGAGAUAGAUGCGAGUUGGUAGUAGAAGCUAGGCUGCCGUUGUCACUGAUGUCACCUAGCUGGUUAUCGUCGUCGUCGUCGUUAUCGUCGUCGUCGUCGUUGUCGUCGUCGUCGUCAUCGUCGUUGUUUAAUGUCAUCAGGAUUCUAGUUAAUUCAACGGAAACAGAAGAAGAAGAAGCAACAGCAGUUGUAGCAGAAGAAGCAACAGAAGCAGUAGCAAAAGAAGAAGAAGAAAUUGAUCAGGAUAGGUCAUUUUCAAUACCGGAUUGGUUGGAAUCUUUUUUAGAAUUGUUAGAAUUUAAUUUAGAGAAGAAGUCGACGAGAGUGAUCGGUGGUGGCCGUGGUGCUGCCGCCGGGCCGGCGAUGCGACGAUGAGCUCGUCGAGGGUGUUAGCAUCACCACCACCACCACUACCACCACCACUACCACCGCCACCAUCACCAUCAUCACCAUCACUAUCACUAUCAGCACUAUUAUUACCAUCUCCAGCAACUCCAACAGGAGAAACAACAACAACAACUGCAGCAGCAGCAACAACAGCAGCAGCAACAUUCAACGCUUGUUUUUAUCUGACGCCUUUCGAUCAUUGUUAUUGUUGCCGGAGAAGGUUUAGCCUAUCAGAAAAAUUAACGAUUGUUAAGAUCUGGAGGAGGAGGAGAGGGAAAAGAAGGAGAAAGAAGACGGAGGAAGAGGAGGAGGAGGAGGACGACGAGGAAAGAGCCGGUGCUGGACCGACGUUGACCCUGAGGACAACGACGAGGACGAGGACGAAGACUACGUCGAUUACAACGACGUUUCCUCCAUCCGUCCUUCGGCCAUGGACCUCGAGACGAGGAACGGCACCGGCAACAAUGAUGACCAACACCAUGAAUACACCAAUAUUUACUUUCUCGUCGGGGAACGCAGAGAAACGGCCACCUAUCGUUCUGACCAGGUCACGGACAUGGAGCUGAAGGAACUCUUUAGAAGCGCUGCAGAGGCUGGUCCUCUGGAUAUCGUGAAGCUUCGUAAGGGAGACAAGCUCCUGAAUAUUUCCUGUCAUCUACCUGCCAACACUCCCGACACGCCCUAUGUUCUUCAGGUCGUCGGAGCUCACCCCGCCUCUUUGGGGAUGAUGGAGUUGGAAGUUGUACGGACACUCGAGAGCCGCGUGGCAAGCCUCGAGCGGGAAUUGCGCGAGCACCAGCAGGCUAUUUGCGCUUCACCACCGUUGGCACUUCAGGAACUUAAGAGUCAGGUCGACAGUUUCAAGAACAAGCUCGAGACCACUGAGCAUCUCAGCUGGCUAGGUUUUUACAAGCAACUUCCAGAACCCAGUACCUCGGAAGAAUGUAAAAAGUUGCAGUAUCGUCGUAAGAGUGACAGUCAGAAGCGGAAAGUGCAAAUGAAGUUUUUCGACAUCUGCGACGUGGCUAUGGCAUCGGACGCUCGAGAAGGGCUUCGUUCACCAGCCUUUGAUGCUCGACAAUGGGAAGACGCAGAACUCCUUUGGAUGUUGCAAACAAUGUUCGUUGAGCUCGAGCUACCUCAAAAAUUUAACAUUCCUUUAACUAUAUUGAGGAACUUCCUUUUCGAGGUUUUCAUAAACUACAACGAGGUGCCAUUCCAUAAUUUUCGGCACUGUUUCUGCGUAGCGCAGAUGAUGUACGCUAUUGCUUGGGCGGUAGAUUUACCGUCGCGGAUCGGUUACCUCCAGGUCUUUAUCCUAAUUGUCUCCUGCAUUUGCCACGAUCUUGAUCAUCCUGGUUACAAUAAUAUCUAUCAGAUAAAUGCACGUACCGAGUUGGCUUUACGCUACAACGACAUCUCGCCCCUGGAAAAUCAUCAUUGCUCGGUGGCCUUUCGUGUCUUAGAGUCAGCCGAGUGUAACAUCUUGGCGUCCUUGGACUGUAAGAACUACAGGACUGUACGCGACGGUAUCAUAAGAUGCAUUCUUGCAACCGACAUGGCCAGGCAUAACGAGAUACUCGGCCGGUUCACCGCCAUCGUGCAGAAGUUUGAUUACUCAAACGAGGUCCACAUUGAUCUGCUAUCGAUGAUCCUCAUAAAGGUUGCCGACAUCAGUAACGAGGCACGGCCUAUGGAAGUCGCGGAACCCUGGUUGGACAGUCUGCUUCAAGAAUUCUUUAAGCAAAGCGACGCUGAGAAACUCGAAGGGCUUCCAGUAACUCCAUUUAUGGACCGCGACAAAGUAACUAAACCAUCGUCGCAGUGCAGAUUUAUCGGCCUAGUUCUUCUUCCUCUCUUCGAAGCUCUCGGCGAAUUGUUUCUAGAACUUGAGGAUCUGAUAGUACGGCCAGUUAGGGAAGCUCUCGAGUAUUAUAGACAAUUGAAUGAGGCAGCAAAAGAUGAACGUCAUCAUCGCAAAAGCGUAGCCGAUAUUGGUGAUUCGAAUCAAUCCUUGGUUCAAGCUGGCAACACGAGUAACUCGACGGUCGUUAAAUCUACAUCAUCACACAGUAUGCGUUCUAAACGUUCAACCUGUACGAUUCAUUCGAGAUCACGUUCAACGGAGGAUGACAUUACGGAGAAUCUAACUAUUGAGGAAGCGGAUAACCUUGAAAGUUCCGAUCCCGAAACGGCAACUGAAGUUGAAAUUAGCGAGAAAACGUUAAAGUUCAAAAUAUCAACUGAAGAAGCUCCUGUUAGUUCAGGAGGUAGGAAGAGUUAUCCUGGUAGUCGAAAGGGUAGCAGAGAGAAAUCAUCCUUGGAUUAUCAUAAUUACGAACUGGUACGUGCUAUGAGAGAACACGAACGCGAAAGGAAACGUAGUCGCGGUGAAAAUAUUCUCGAAAGUAAUAUGAGUUCACCUGUUAGCGCUAAAUCGAUCGACGAUAGUAAAAUUUUCGAGGAACUCGAACGUGACGAUUCAACUUUCUUCGAUGAGAAAGUCAUCAAUGAGAUUCAAGUGGUCGAAGGUAACGGUAAUGUGAUUGGUGAUGCUACAGAAUCAUCUGCGAGAAGUAAUGGUUCAAAGCAUCAAUCAUCUUCAGGUAUUAAUCGCAAGGACAUAUCGAUCACGCGAGAAUCUGUUGUAUCGUUGUGUUGUUCUUGCGACGACAAGACCAAUUUAUCCAACAAUCACAAAUCCUUGUUGUCGCGUUUGAGAAAUUUUACCGAUCGUUUGAGCAUUAGUUUUGACUCCAAAGAUUCACCUAGUCCAAAAGCCACUAAACACGUGGCCAAAAGUCUGAAUAAAAGCAACUCCGUGAGCAGUAGCAGUACCUGUACCGUUUCCACCAGACGUCAACAGCAACAGCAUGAUCUUUCCAACAUUUGUAAAAGAUGUAAUCUUAGGAAAGUGAGUACAAGUAAAGAACAUGGAGGAAAAAUAGCAACUGUAGUAGAAUUGUCAGCUAUAGAUAAAAGAGCGAUGACGUUACCUAAAGUAAGGAAAACGCAGGAUUGUAAAAACAAAGGUUGGAAGACGGUAUUUGCGAAAGAAAGAAAAUCGUCAGCCUCGAUGGAAGUUUUACCAAGGGAGAAAGAAAACAGACCGAUCGAAUCCAAGCAUCGACGUAAUCUGUCCAAUCCCGAAGGUAAUAAAAAUUUAAAGGGACAAAAAAGUCUCGACAUUGACAUAGACAUAGAAUUCAAGGAAAUCGAAGUUAGGCAAACUAGUAACAAUCAACAGCAACAAAGAAAGAGGCCAGAAAUAAUCGUCAAUCCUGACAAUUCGUCACCCUGCGGAUUGGACGAUAGAGAAGACAUGGGUAAAAUAGAAAUCAGACGAAGUUCCGCUAGUAUGGAAGACAUAUCUAAGAUAACGAAACAAACGGAAGGUGUCUUAUUGGGUUCGUUGGAAGCCAAAAAAGCAGAGGAUCUACAGCACACUGGUAGUUUAGAUUCGAUGCUGUGCAAGGAAUCGGCGAAGUCCAAUAAAAAAGUCAACGCAUUUUCCUCCCCAGCUGCAUCCAAAAAGUCUUCGCCAGGUUUGUUUUCUCGUUUCAAAUCUGGUAUGAGCAUUGACAGCACUAGGAGUAACAGCAACAGUAGUUCCCUGCACGAUCAAACUUCUCAACAAUCUCAAACUGGUUGGAUAUCAACAUUGACUGCUAGUUUCCGGCCAAAGAGACAAACUGCAACUACGACGACGACGACGACGACGAUUACCAGCACCGAAUUUGCAUCGUCCUCGCCACCAACGCAAUCACACAAAUUGCACAGUCGUGAGGAGAUCAAGUGAUACGACCUACGCGUCGAUCAGCAUGCCGAGAGAGACACUACUUCCAAUUCCUCGAGACGCGAAUGGUGGGCUCGACAACCGUUUUGUUGCAACAGCUAAUCCUGACGCAUUGCACAGUCUCAACGAAUGUAGAAAAAGUAUACCUGCGUCUCUCGUAAAAUCGGCAAGCGAUCGAACGCCAAUUUAUUUUGCCAAAUCUCUACCAAAUUUUCUUCUUACUCCCUUUUGAAGUUAAAGCCAAUAACGAAAUCAAUCCAUAGGUUCGAUUUUUGUAAUCGAUCCGUUUCGAAGAUCUUUUUAAACCAAUUCUUUGAAUUUCGUUAUUGACCAUUCAUUUCCACAUGCACAAUUUCUUAAAUUUCGCGCUAAUCUUUAGUUUUUAUUCUUAUUAAACUAAAUUAAUCUAAUACGAUGCAUAUAGAAUAAUUUAAUUUAUUGUCGAAACUCAUGAGCAUUGGCCACUACAAAAAAAUAUUAAUGUUGUGUCCUUGAAUAGAUGCAUUUAUAUAAUCGCAUCCAUGUAAACAUGUAUGGAUUACCAAAUUUUGAGCUUAAUGUAGAAACAAUUUUUUGUCAAUCGAACUUCUCUUUUGUUUAAAAUAAAAAAUAAAUAAACGUUUCCAACUUAGGCUCAAAAUUUUUCAAUCCGACCACAAAAAAUAUACGAUGAAAAUGAAAAUAGGGGCUUUAAGGGUUGGAAGAGAGAGGAGGGGUUGUAAGUUUAGAAAAAAUAAAUGCCGUAAUGUGAAGGGGAUGGGUGUGGUAUUCGUCUCGUUUGACAUAGGAUUAAAUAAAAUAAAAUAAAAUAAAAUAAAGUAAAAUAAAGUAAAAUAAAAUAAAAUAAAAUAAAAUAA